UGCACACGUUCAGGGAUGGAUCUCAAGAACUUCACAGCGGUCAUCGACAGUGGGUUUUUGGAUGAGGCACCCUCAAGACGCGUCCUAACCGGCUGCUUCCUCUCGCUGCUCAUCCUCACCACCUUGCUUGGAAACACUCUAGUUUGUGCGGCUGUCACCAAAUUUCGACACCUUCGCACAAAAGUGACCAACUUUUUUGUGAUCUCCUUGGCUGUGUCAGACCUCUUGGUUGCCAUCUUGGUGAUGCCGUGGAAGGCGGUGACAGAAAUUGCUGGGUUCUGGCCAUUUGGCUCCUUUUGUGACACUUGGGUGGCUUUUGACAUUAUGUGCUCCACAGCGUCCAUUUUGAACCUUUGUGUGAUAAGCUUGGACCGCUACUGGGCCAUCUCUAGCCCCUUUCGCUAUGAAAGAAAGAUGACACCCAGAGUCGCCUAUGUGAUGAUAAGUGUAGCCUGGACGCUGUCUGUCCUCAUUUCCUUCAUCCCAGUGCAGCUCAACUGGCACAAGGCCCAAACUGAAUCUUACAAAGCUCUCACUGGGUCGUCUGGCUCUUCAGUUUUAAAUGCUACAACUUACCACAGCCCGGAGAACUGUGACUCGAGCCUUAACAGGACCUAUGCCAUCUCAACGUCGUUGAUAAGCUUUUACAUUCCUGUCGCCAUAAUGGUGGCAACAUACACCCAGAUCUACCGAAUUGCCCACAGACAAAUUAGGAGGAUAUCUGCCCUGGAGCGAGCAGCCGAAAGUGCCAAAAACAGACAUGAUAGCAUGGGCGGAGGAUCCAGCAUUGCAGAGUCCGAGAGCUCUUUCAAAAUGACAUUCAAGAGGGAGACCAAGGUGCUGAAGACUUUGUCGGUCAUCAUGGGGGUAUUUGUGUGCUGCUGGCUUCCAUUCUUCAUCCUGAAUUGCAUGGUGCCCUUCUGCGAGCAGUCAAGUGGAGGGGAGGCUUUCCCCUGCAUCAGCUCCACCACGUUUGACGUGUUCGUGUGGUUUGGCUGGGCUAAUUCCUCCCUCAACCCCAUCAUCUAUGCCUUCAAUGCAGAUUUCCGCAAGGCCUUUUCCAUCCUGCUGGGCUGCCACAGACUGUAUCCAGGAGGCCACAAUAUAGAGACGGUCAGUCUAAACAAGAAAUGACUCAUGACUCUCUCACAGCACUGACUCAUCCUCAAUGCUAAGAGUCCAAGCAUUCCCGUUGAGGCCGGUCUUAUCAACUUCAAACGAGGACACUGCUCUCUGUGCAAACUCUUUGCGUGACUGGAGGAUACGGUGACCCUCCAUGUACCCGUGUUUGCAUCCGGCGAGUAGCCCACCUUUGUGCAGACAGUCAGACGGAGCUUUCCAUGUUCAUUAUGGUCACUUCACCUUCUUCACAUUGUAGAAGCUCCAGGAAGAGCAGAGGGGAUUUGGGGUGUUGAGAUUAAGACUCUCCGCUGCUGUGCCAGGGAGUACAGCGGUGCUGACAUGCCUCUGGGAUAGAUAAUCCCAUGACUGGGCAGCACACUCCCUAAUGCUGUCAGACACUGCUCUCUUCAAUACCAUCACACACACACGUACCCAAACACAAACAGCGUCAAAACAUGCCCCUCUAAAUACAGCGUAGUUGCUGCACUCAGCAUGAACACAACGACAAAUUAUACGACAGCACCUGGAAAUAUUUGUAAUCAUUUUAUUAACAUCUGGGGCUCUGCAAGGGUUCCCUUUGGUAAAGGAUCAAACCAAAUCAUAUUUUCAGAGAGAGGUACAUGUAGGGUUAAUUCCGUCCACAAGCAACUGUUAUUUAUGUCUCAGAGUUGUUAUUUAUAUCUCAUCAAAAUGAGAUGGUAUCAGUAUAACUUUGAAUCCACGGUCCUCAACAGACUCAAUUAUUUGUUUCACUGCUUUGAAGUGUUUUAUGGAUGAGUGUCGCCUAUUACGUUGUGUUCUGUAUUUUUCAUAGACAACAGCUGAUUACCUCUAUUACGGAAUAGACAUAGAACAAAACAAGUUUUCCCUGACUUGUGGUGUCUUUGACUGUAAACUUUGUUUAGAGGCUGAGGCAGAAUUGAAUAUAAAUUUCAUUUGAGUAAAUCCAUUUAUAUUAGAUUUUUAUUGUAAAUGAUUAGAUUAUAAUGCUGGAUUAUUACACAUUUGGUCAUAUUUUUAUAGGUUUGUUAUCAUUCCUAUUAUCAUAUUAUCCCCAAACUAAUCACAGAGGAAAUCUGGGAAAUACUGACAUCACCACAAUAAAAUCAAACAAAGAAGUGCAAGCAGCCAGACCAUUAGACAAUUCGUAAACCAACAGUUUAGGCAGAUUAUUGAAGCCACUUUAUUUAGAGGAAAAACUGAGAUAGAUCACAUAAAAUGUUUAUCACAAAUAAUCCUUGACAGCAAAAGGAAAAAAAGAAAUACAAACUAAUUUGGUUGAAUGAAUGUUCAGUUGCUUUUAUUUUGGUAGUUUGAAACCUGGGAUCUCGAUUGUCUGACUGCUGGUACCUGAUAUUGUGAGUUUUUAUUUUCUCUUAGUGAUGUCAUGUGUUCCAAGGUCCCAGGUCUAAAAUAACGUUGUAACAUUGAGGACAAUAUGCUGCCUUAUAGUCUCCAGGAAAUCACUUCACCUGGUCAAGGAAAUCUUCCCACAAAAAAAUUAUCUUAAAAUCACAACUUACUGUUUUAAUACUUCAACCAAUUGAGACAUGUUUAUUAGUAAGCUUUAGCGGUGCUGGUAAAUUUUUUAUCAAACCUUUUGACAGAGCACGGCCGAAGCUAAUGUGAAGCUAAUCACUGGUAUCAAACUUCUCAUCUAACUCUGUAAUAUCAUCAAAUUUCUGUUGAAACCCUGAAAAUAAGACCCAGGAAUGAUCCUCUCAAGACAAGUAUCGUCGUGGAAUGUGACCAAGAAGCAAGGACAUCGUUAUCAACCAUUACCUCUGAUUGAUUUGUACUGUGUUUUGUUUAAAGUACUGACUUACUCUCUCAUGUAUAGCUACAGUGAGCAUUAAUGACAUAAACAAAAGAUGCGUGUGUACUUGACUGUAAACAAUCUCUUUAGAGAAUUCAGUUGUUAUAGAGGUGUGGCCUGUGCAUUGGUAUUAUUUUCAUAACAACUUCAGAUGACAGUAUGUGCUUCAGCCAUGUUGAAAUAUCUCAGUGGACAGCUUAAUAAAAGUGUACUUGUCCGGUUUCAUGACGUCCACUGUGUGUGUGUGUGUGUGUGUGUGUGUGUGUGUGUGUGUGUGUGUGUGUGUGCGUGCG